CUUGCCAGUUGACAAAAAUUCAUGAAGGAUAUUGUUGCUGUUGGAUGCACAAAUUAAGGUUUGGAAUGGAACACCCAUUUCCUAAGAAUGUCUUCAUGUGAAACAUCAAGAAAGAAAAUUCGUCCCAAAGAUUGAGCAUGAGAUUUAAAAGACAUUCAUGUAAUGCCCUAAACAUAGGAAAGCUCGGUGCAAUUUAGUUUUAAUUGAGGAAAUGGGUCGGCGAAAACGUGUAUCACUGUCUCUCGCCAAAAACUCAAAUUAGCGGAGUAUUUUCUACGUUUCAUGGAAAAAAAUGAAAUAUGGCCUUCUACGAGAACAGAUUUGCGCGAAGUGUUUAAGAGCAAUUUUCUCCCGAAGGUCGACAGUGUUCUGGAGACCAAAAACCACCUUUGGAGAGGUGAUGUAUUGUUUCAGAAGCAAGCAUAUGAAAGUAAUCCAGUGGACGGAAGCAAAUGACCGGGAAAAUAUCGUGUAUUUGAAAGGACCGAAUAAGGAGCCGCCAUCUACUAAUGCUUCCUCUACAAACGAAUCAAGUCGGCUCAAUGAAUUGAAGGAAUUCUUCGCGUGAAAAUCGACUGCGAUUCACAAAAAAUAGAAAAGGAGUGAUUGUGGAGCCUGAAGCUGAUGAUGAUGGUAUUGUGCUCAUGAAAGAUGUCUCCAAAAAACUUCAGUUGACUGUUGUGAAUCAAAAAGGAAGUGAGAUCAUUAUUCAAUGCUCUGUUCUGGGAGAAUGCAGGCCUUUUAAAGUGGAUGACAAGUAUCAUAUUGUUAGUGAGUCAAAGAAGGCAAAACUGUCCAAUAAUGAGAGAAUUCAUUUCUCAGUCACAUUAUCAGAUUCCACUGCCCCUGGACUUUACAACGUACCCAUAAUGUUCACAUUUAUAAAUGAAGAUGACCCCAAGUUCCAUAUUAUAAAAUAUGUCAGAGCUGUAAUUGCAGACGAUGUUGUGACACGGUUACAACCAAAACGUUAUAUCAGCCAAAUGCUGUGUCCAUGCAUGGUGCUUAUAUGGAAAUAGAACGUGUACAACCACCAAACUUUGAUUCACCAAACUAUACCAAUCAUCUUCCACAAUUUACUGUCCCACAUCAUUUAAAAAAGCUGAAAAAUAAAAAGGCAUUAUGGAACUUAUUUGAUCAUUUAUCACCUGUCCAUAUUUCAUCUUUUGCUCAUCGCACUAAAUUCUCCCAACUCCUUCAUGUUGAGGAAAUACAAAUGGAAAGGGAUAUAAAGCAGUUUCAAAUGGAGGAAGCGAAUUAGUAAAAGAACAUCAAUAUUUGUCACUUGAAGUGCCAGGUUUGGCUGAGAAUCGUCCUUCUCUUGUACGAGGUGACCAAUUAUCAGUGCGAAAAUUGAAAGUUGAUGGUAAAACAUAUGAGGCUAAAGCUUAUGAAGGAUAUGUACAUGAUGUUGAAUUAAACAAAGUCAAACUUAAAUUUAGCUACAACUUUCACAACAACUUUAUUCAAAAUGCUUCAUAUCUGGUGGACUUCAAGAUCAGUCGUUCAUGCCUUCGUCUUAUGCACCGUGCAGUCCAUGAGGUUGGACCAUAUCUUGACAUGAUCAGGUUCAAUGGAGUACCACAUGGAAGUAAUGACGGAAAGCCUUCACAAUUCAAUUGUUUUGAUAGAAAGAUUGAAAAAAAUGACAAACAAAAGCAAGCAGUUCAACAUAUUCUUGAAGGAUGUUCAAAACCAUACCCAUACCUUGUGUUUGGUCCUCCAGGAACUGGAAAGACAGUCACUAUUGUUGAAGCCAUCAAGCAGGUUUUGAGGAAUAAUCGAGGCAGCAUAAUAUUGGCUUGUGCACCAUCCAACAGCGCAGCUGACCUCAUCUUGGAAAGAGUUGCUGAACAUCAAGUUAUUCCAAAAAAAGAAAUGAUUCGUAUCAAUGCAUAUGGACGUAGCCCAUCUUCCAUGAAAAAGGAUCUUAUGGAGCAAUUUUGCCAUCUUGGUGUUGCUUUAAUUGAUGGUUAUUUCAAGUUUCCUAACAAGGAAGCCAUUGAACAAUACAGAUUUGUUGUCACUACACUAAUGUCAGCGGGCAGGUUGGUGUCUCUAGGAGUACCCAAAGGACAUUUUACUCAUAUAUUUAUUGAUGAAGCUGGGCAAGGGAUGGAACCAGAAUGUUUGAUUCCUAUUGCUGGCCUACUGGACAGUGUUAAUCCAGGACAGGUUGUCUUGGCAGGAGAUCCAAAGCAACUUGGUCCUGUUGUUCGAUCUCCAGUUUCCAUUAAGUAUGGGCUAGGUGUAUCUUUUCUGGAACGUCUUAUGGCACCUGAAUUUUCUUGCUUUAAUCGACAAAAUGAAACCAAAGAGUACAAUCCAAACGUUGUCACAAAACUUUUGAACAAUUAUCGUUCACAUCCUGCUAUCCUUAAGCUUCCCAACGAAAUGUUCUACGACAAUGAAUUACGUGCAUGUGCAGAUGAGUUGCAAAGAAACCGUUUAUGUAGCUGGGAAGAACUUGUGAAACAGGGUUUUCCUGUCAUAUUUCAUGCAGUUUGUGGAAAAGAUCUGAGGGAAGAAAAGAGCCCUUCGUUCUUCAAUGCGGAGGAAGUAUCGAUGGUUUUAAAAUACGUAAAAAAACUGAAGGAACAUAAACAAUUGAAGACUUUUGAAAUAGGGAUCAUAUCACCUUAUCAUAGACAGGUUCAGAAGAUUCGUCAAGAACUUCAGCGAAAGCCAGUAAAUAUCCGCGACAUUAAAGUUGGUUCUGUCGAGGAGUUCCAGGGACAAGAAAGAACAGUGAUCAUUAUUUCAACUGUUCGCAGCAGUGAUGAAUUUCUUCAGUUUGACGCUCAACAUAAACUUGGUUUUUUGAGAAAUCCAAAGCGCUUCAAUGUUGCCAUAACUCGUGCUAAAGCUCUUCUGAUUGUCAUUGGUAAUCCACAUGUUCUUUGCUACGACGACCAUUGGAGAAGAUAUAUUCAGUACUGUAUCGAGAAUGAAAGCUUUACAGGUGAUUAUUCGUCAAAUGGAAAAUCGUUUGUUAUGCCUCAACAGACAGAUGAAAAACUCAACGAAAUGUUUGAGAAACUUUCAUUGAAUAAAAGCUCUAUUUUACAACUUGAAGAGGGUAUGAACGCAACCGAUUAUGAAGAAAUGCCAUGGCGACCUGACGAUCAAUGAAUCAAGAUAGGUUGUGCCUUUAUGCUUUAAAAUGUGGUAUUUUAACAUAGGUUUCAUUUACCCAUUAUCUGACUUCUGCUUCACUGAUGGCUGUGUUUAUUUCAUCUUUCGUUAACAAAAAGGAUUUUAAUUCAAGUGGUUUGUUUUUUUCUUUUGGGGUUUGCAGAUAUAGUUAGUGAAAUGUUAUAAUAUUAAUAUAUUAUCAUUAUUGUAUACAGUUAUGUGAGACUAACGAUGAAAGACAUUGAAAUAUAUCAUUUAAUAUAUGGAACGUGUAUAGCUAAAUUUUCAUUUGACAUAUUAUUUUUGUAUCAUGGGAAACAAAAUACGAAUGUUUUCAAUUUUCAUCGAUAUUCAUGAAAGGUGGAAUUUUUUGAAAGACGUCAUUUUUGAAUUCGUUAUUUUUUGGUUUCCUUCUAAAACUUAGAACCUUAUUCUUUGACAGAACUUUCUGUUUAUAGAGUUAAAAUGUUGGAAAUGAGUAUAUUAAAAUUAAUGAGUGCUGAGUUUA